GGCUUUGCCAGUUACUAGGAAUAUGACCUCAGUCAAAUCACUUAAUGGGCCUGGGAUGCAGUUUCCUCAUCUACCAAAUGAAAGCCUUGAACUAGAUGAUCUCUAAAGUUCCUUCCAAUUCUAGAUCUAUGACCCCAUGAAAACAAUAGUUUGCUUUGGAACCUGUCUCCAUCACCUAUUUGGUAUGUGAUUGGUUCUCACUUUAAUUAAGCUUUAUUUUCCCAAUCUAUAAAAUAGGCACAUCAAGAUUUACUUGCAUCCUCUGCCUCCUCGGAAUAUUUUCAGGAAACAAAGGUACUAGAAAAAUGUGAAUAUCAUCAGGACAGGAUUUUAGAGAUUGACUCCCUUCCUUUCUACUUCUUAUUCAACUCCCAGGUGCAGCAAUGAUACCUCCAGGGGGUUCUCCUUGGGCCUGGAUGCUGGUAUUCCUGAUGUCAGUUCUGAUCAUGGGAGAUCCAGGUCUGACAGGGCAGAAGAAUGGGGCCCACAUGCAGAACCAAGUCUGCCAGGAGUAUGGGAACCUCCAGCAAGCUGGGAGCAAUCGGCAGGUGGUGAACCGCCAGGAGAGUGCUGCGGAUCGGGAUUCUGAGAGUCGUAUCUUGAACGGCAGAGACUGUGGACCCCAAAGCCAACCCUGGCAGGCAGCUUUGUUUUUGAAACCAAACAAGCUCUUUUGUGGGGCAGUGUUGAUCCAUCCCCAGUGGGUGCUCACCGCUGCACAUUGCCAGAAACCUUCCUAUAUUGUUGCCCUGGGCCGGUAUCGUCUCCAUGGUUAUGAUACAAACCAGAGGACUCUCCGUGGCGUCCAGUCUUUCCCGCACCCCAACUAUACUCGGCCAGCUCACUCUAAUGAUCUCAUGCUAAUUAAAUUGAAUAGAAAAGUCUCAGAAACAAAAAGCAUCAAAGCCAUUAACAUCUCAACUCAGGCCCCAACUACUGGGUCCAAAUGCCUCGUCUCAGGCUGGGGGACCACCAACAGCCCUCAAGUUCAGUAUCCUGAGACCCUACAGUGUCUGGACAUCACGAUCCUGUCUCAGGAGACCUGCCAGAAGGACUAUCCUGGGGAGAUCAAUUCCAGCAUGUUCUGUGCUGGAGAUGAAGCUGGCAAGGAUUCCUGUCAGGGUGACUCAGGGGGCCCUGUGGUCUGCAAUGGAAUGCUUCAGGGCCUGGUAUCCUGGGGGGAUGUUCCCUGUGGAAAGCCCAACAAGCCUGGAGUCUAUACCAACCUCUACAUGUUCAACAACUGGAUCAAAGACACCAUCAAAAACAAUUGAUUUAAGGGGACACUGGCCUGUAGAUCCCUAAUCUGUAUCUUGUUCAGAGAUCCAGGAGCUCAGGCCCCUCGGUUCCCCAUUCUCUCAGGGAUGUGGGCACCCCCACUUCUAUAAAGCUCAGGGACAUCCAUUAUCUAAACCCUCAACUCUUGUCUCCGGAGGACCUAAGGAUUUGGCCCCUACAGGAGCCCAGACCCUGUACAUCCUUCCCUAACUUUCAUUCAGAGAGUGAGAAUUCCCCUUUGUCUCUUGUGUGAAGACGCCUAGAAGAAAUCUGUCUGAGAUCUCCAUCCUUCUUCCUCUCUGAGCCUUCUUAUCUAACAUUCUCCCCCUCUGGGUCCCCCAGCCCAUCAUUCCCUUUGUUCCUCCUCAAGCCCUCCACUAUAAGUUUGGUUUCCAUUAAUCUCUCUGCAUGCAGUGGAGAGUAAUGUAGAACUCUGGACCUGGAAUCAAGAAAACCUGGCUUCAAACUCCAAGUCAUGAACAUCUUUGUGCCUCAGUUUCCUCUUCUGUAAAUAAGGCUAACGACAAGAGCUGCAUCACAGAAUUGUUGUCAAACUCAAAUGAGAUCAUCUGCAUAAACCAUUUUACAAACUCUAAAAUAUUACAUGAGUAUGAGCUAUUUAUAUUAUUCAUAGGAAAGGUCUGUAGACUCCCCCUAGAGUGGCUGAUGAAGAAGUAACUUUGGUUUAGUGGGAAGAGUCAGAGAAGGUUUUUUUUAUUUAAUCUCACUUCUACCACUUAAUACCAGUGUGAUCUUGGUCUCAUCCCCUCCCUGACACCCUAGUUUCCUCUUCUAAUAAAUUCAUGGAUUGAGCUUGAUGGCCUCUGAGAUGUCUUCCAGAUCCUUACUUACAAAACUAAAAUUCUUCUGGAUGAGAACACUUACAAUAGUAAUGUCGUUCUGGAUGAGGAAAGUGUCUGACCACCUGGAUCAUUGCUCGGGCGUGUUCUACCUCCUCCCUUGUCGUCACGAAUCUCUGCCUCAGCCAAAGAAGGAGGGAAGAGUAUUUCUUGGCAGGGAUAACCUAGGAAAGGGGGUGAGAACAGACUUUUCAACCGAGGAAGAAUUUGGGAACCAACGGUUUGUCCCUCAGGUUGAUAAGGUUUCUUAUUUAUCACGAGUCUCUACCUCAACCAAAGAUGGAGGGAAGGGUAUUUCUUGGCAGGGAUACCCUAGGAAAGGAGGUGAGAACAGACUUUUCAUACUAGGAAGAAUUUGGGAACCAAUGAUUUGUCCCUCAGGUUAAUAAGGUUUCCUCUCAUCUAGGAAUGAAGAGGAUUUAUCCUAGGAUAAUUGAAGUUUUCCCUUAGGAUCUGGGAAGACCUGAGAUUUGUCCUGGAGACAAUAUGUAUUUCAUCUGGGGGCUCUACGGUCCAUGAAUGGACCAACCACUGGAAACCGAUAAGGCUUCUUCCUGUUGCACUUGAAAUGGACAAAAGUUCCUCUUGGCAUUUAUAGACUUCCUUCAGGGACACAAGAGAGUUCUUUCUUCAGCUGGCAUGGGUGGGGGCCUGCCCUCACUCUCUCUCGGAACAAAGGGGAACCACUGAGGGAAUCCCAUCUGGUAUUGAUGGGUCUGCUUCUCAGGACCAAUAAGCGCUCAUUCUGGGGCAAUGAUCCCUCUUUGGACAGAGUUUUCCAUCUGCCUAGUGUAGAUUGUAUCGAAACAUAUGAAGCUUUUACUGAAGGAAGGAGUCAUGUUAUUACAGUCCUUCUUGUGUUCUUCUAAGACCAGUGAAAACUUAUCUAGGACAACAAAAUUCAACUUUCCAAUUCAAUAAACAUUUCCUUUUUAA